AGAAGUUAAUCAGAAGACAAAAAUGAAGGUCCACUCACCGAAAUCACUAAAUAUUUGCUUGGUUAUGACUUAUGCUUGAAUUCUAACACGUCAUUAGUUUAAAUCGCAGGAAAAGUCAAAAAAAUGUUAAGAAAGUGUGUUUUGUAUACUUUGUCGGUCGUCCAGUUCCCAGGAUCAAAUUGAAUAAAAGUACCUACGAGUCACUAUAUAGGGACUCAUAUUAUUGUAAAUAACCCUGUGAAGAAUGUGAUUACUGAUAUUGUGUUAAUACUAUGGAUAUUAAUUAAGCUAAAUAAACACAUUUACGACAAUUUGUAGCUAAAAUGUACAAAAAAACAGAUAGAUAGGUAAUGUCAACACAUGGUUGGGUAAGUAAACAACACCACAGCCACUGGAUUGAAACGAUACUUGCUUUGUUGUUUUGAGCCCAAUAGUUGGGUCAAAAUAUGACAUUUUUUUAGAGUCACUUUUACUUUUUUUCCUUUUUUAUGUAGUACAGUUAAAAAAGUGGUCAGGAAGUUAUGUGGGAAAGAUAGGGUGAGCAGGAUCGGGAAAGGACCACAGAUUGGGAUUCGAACUUGCGUCACCCAAAUUGCAAUGUCGAAGGACUUGCCCACAAGGGUAUCGGCUCAGAAAAAAAAUGAGUCAUUCUUUCUGUUCAAUGAGUUUGUGUUGAGCCCUGUCUACUGAAAAAAAAUCAUGUGAUAGCUUUUAAAACUGAAGCUUAGCAAAACGUUAUUGUAUUUUAUCAAUCCAUGAAGUAUUAAAAAGGCUGAUGGAAGGCUGCUAAAAGUAACCGGUCCGUGUUUUCCACCAGACCGAGCGCAGUGGAGAGCUGGGGGGAGAUGUUUGAUAAUGCCAUGCGUGCUGGAAUAACGGGGGCUUCACUGGGGUCUUAUUUACAUCAAUACACCAUAACGUCACCUUCUGAAAAUAAAGAGUGUUAUUGCAAAAAACAAAUCCUAACUGAUGCUAAAACUCGCGUCUCUGACACAUCAAGCAUUCCGCGUAGCCUACGUACGCUCAAGUCAUCUACGUCUGUUUAAUGCCCUAGUUAUUUUCUUCACAGCUUGCACCCAGAAAAGGAACGUCUCGUGACAGGACAGGGAUGGUAUGGGAUCCGUUCGCGACACACAAGCCCAAAUCUAUCGGAACCCGCGUGAUGGGUGGCAAUGCAUGAUGCAGAAGAUGAUGCAGAAUGAAUGAUGUGGACGGGCAUCGGAGUCCGUAGCGUCUAAAGUCUUUUCCCUAAGCGAAAACACGGACGCUAGAAAGAAACCCACAUCGCUUUCUUCUCAUUUAAGUCGGCUUUCGAGCAUGGAAACGGGUCUGGUGGCGAAUCACCAAGUGAAAAAUGUUGGAAGCGGAGAUCCCCCUCCUUCGCCUCAUCGUCGCACACCUCCACAGCAACAGUCGCAAGCGCACCAUCAUCAGCCACAGCAGCAGCACCGAGCCAUUCACAACAAUAACAACAACAGCAUCGGCAGCCCGACACCCGUGCGAGGAGAUUUUGGAAAUCGACAUCAUGGAGGGAAGGACGCCGCUUUGGAGAAACGAGUCGAGCACCCUCAGCGUCUGCUGAAUACAAGCGACGAGGAGGAUCGUUCGCCCACGAUCGGUUUUGAUCGGAUGGGCAGCAGGUACGAGCACUCCAACUUUGGACCGACGAGCAGCAGCGGCAACAACAGCAGCAGGAGCGGCGGCGGUGGCAACGCGUCCCAAAGCGGUAACAGCGCUGUUUCUGAGUUUAAUCAUUAUUACGGGAAUGGAAGAGGAGGGCCUAGCUUUGAUCAACAUGGCGGACAACAAAGCCCUCGGACUGCUUUAAUGCAUUCGGCACAGGGCAACAUGGAUCAAGUGCAAAACUCCCACGACGGGUACCAUAACAAUCCGUACAACCACUAUCCCAACUACCGGCAGGGGUACGCUGGGGCUGGGUACGGUAUGAUGAGCCCGUCACGGCAGGGGAGCAUGAUGGGCCCAGGUAACACUUCGCCUACUGCUGCUAGCCAUGGCAAGGUUGCUAUGGCCUCCACCACCCCGGCUCCCGGUGCUAAUGUCGGGGGCUUUCAGAGGUUUCCUUCACAGAACCAACAGCACCCUUCCGGAGCGACACCCACCCUGAAUCAGCUUCUGACAUCCCCGAGUCCGAUGAUGCGGGGAUACGGCAGCGGCUAUCAAGAUUACGGUAACCCUCAGCCGCAGCAGAGCGCUAUGGGUCUGGGGAAAGACCCGUACAGUCCUGCUGCCGGUCACAGCUGGGGAACACAACUGAGAAGCCACCCGGCUAUGAGCCCGGGCAAUAACGGGAACGGCAGAGCUCAGGUGGCGCCUAUGGAUCCGAUGGCCAUGAAGCGUUCUCAGAUGUACGGGAUGAGCAACAGCCCCUAUUCUCAGUCAGGCGGCACUUAUCCAGGACAGCCGUACGGAUCACCCACCCCUCAUCGAUACCCGAUGGGAAUUCAGGGGCGUGCCCAGGUCAGCCUGGGAGGGAUGCAGUAUCCUCAGCAACAGCAGAUGCCGUCGCAGUAUGGGCCUCAAGGCAUAGGGGGUUACUGCCAACAGGGUCAGCCCCCGUACUUCAGCCCCCCACAACAGCAGCCUGCCGCCCCCUCUCAGCCCCCUUAUAUGCAGCAGCGGGGUCCAGCACAGCAGGAUGCCCUGCAGGAGGGAUACGGCAGCAGCAGGGGUCAACCUGGAAAACCCAACCACGAUGACAUGGGUCUUGCUCAACAGGACCGCCCAUCAAGCCUCCCUGAUCUGUCUGGCUCUAUCGAUGACCUCCCCACAGGAACAGAGGCCGGUCUCAGCUCGGCCGUCAGCGCUUCGGGUUCCACCAGUAGCCAGGGCGAGCAAAGUAACCCUGCCCAGUCACCUUUUUCACCCCACGCCUCUCCUAGAGUCCCCAGCAUGCGCAGCGGGCCUUCACCCUCACCGGUCGGCUCACCCGUUGGUUCCAGCCAAUCACGUUCUGGGCCCAUAUCACCUGCCAGCGGGCCAGGUACACAGAUGGCCCCUCAGACUCCAGGGAAUGUUCCAGAUGUAGGCUCCAGCCACAGUCAGUCGCCCAUGUCUCAAGACAGAGGAUUUGUACCUAACAUGCAGCGCACCACACCUGGUCCUCAGUACGGAUCCCAGCAGCCUGGACCCUCGAUGUCCCCACACUCCUGUCCUACUGGCCCUAUGCAUCACAGUGCAGGCUCCUAUCAGAUGGCCCCUUCAUACGGUCCCCAGAGCAGCCAGUAUGGCCCUUCAGGAAACUUCCCACGGCCUCCUAACUACGGAGGGACACCUGGUGCCAACAACAGUCUCGGUAUGAAUGCCAGCAGUCCAAUGCACGGGCAGGGUCCCGGGCAACCCUGUGGGUCCACAACCACAGCUCGAGGACCGGGGCAGUCAAGCGGAGGCCGACCGUACCCAGCCGGAUCCAGCAGCGUGGCUCCAACCUCUCCUAACAUGCCUCAGUCUGCCGGCCCAGGGAUGGGUCCCCCUCCACCCAACGGCAGCCGCAAACCGCAUGAGAGCGGCCCCGCACCUGCCCAGCAGAACCCGCCGCCCUCGGGCCAGCCCAGGCCAGGCGGAUAUCAGGGUGGAUCCUAUAUUCAUGGAAUGGGCCCCGGAGGUCCGUACAACCAUCCACCGAGCAACAGCUCAGCCAGGAUGACCCCUCAAGGGCCCUUCUACAACACCAUGCCCCCCACAGUGUACGAAUCAUCUGCAGGGCACUUGACGGGCUCAGGAGAUGCCAUGAAUCCCAUCGAUCUCAAACAGAGAACUGAGCACAAGGAGGAGGGCAGCACACCCACCACGGAGCCCCCCAAGCCAAAGGACAGCUACGGCUCUCAGUGCGUGUCCCAGCCUCCCACCCCGUCCCCUCUGUCCCCAAGCCCAGCCAGUUUGUCCUCCUAUCAGGGCGAAGACAGUGAUAGCAUUAGUAGCCCUGCCUGGCCAAAGAACCCCAGCAGCCCUAAGCAAAGUUCGGGGAACAUGACGGGCGAGAAGAUAACACGACUCUAUGACAUGGGCUGUGAGCAGGAGAGGAAGGCUUGGGUGGAUCGCUACAUUGCCUUCAUGGAUGAGAGGGGCACACCUGUUCCCAGUCUUCCGUUGGUGGGAAAAAAGCCAUUGGAUCUGUGCCGCCUGUACCUCUGUGUUCGAGAGAUCGGUGGCCUGGCAAUGGUAAAUAAGAACAAGAAAUGGAAAGAGCUGUCCAGUCACUUGAAUGUGGGGAUGUCCAGCAGUUCAGCCAGUUCUCUGAAGAAACAAUACAUCCAAUACCUGUUUGCUUAUGAGUGCAAGGUGGAGCGCGGAGAAGAGCCUCCGCCUGAAGUCUUCGCUACGGUAGAGAGCAAGAAGCAACCGCAACAGCCCAAGAUCCAGCCACCCUCACCUGCAAACUCAGGCUCUCUUCAGGGCCCCCAGACUCCUCAAUCGACCGGCAGCAGCACUAUGACAGAGAUGCCAGGGGACUUAAAGCCUCCCACACCCGCUACCACACCCCACGGACAAGCCACUUCUCAGCCUAGUGGCAGAAGCAGUGGGGUGAGUGUACAAGACCCCUUUUCUGAAGGUAGUGACCCGGCCUUCCAGAAGAGAAACACCAUGCAUGGUGGCAGUGGUGAUGCCAGCUCUAGAAUGCAGUUUGACCCUAGUAAGGAGCCCUAUGGAGCCCCCAGAAAAGGUGGUUCUGACCCCUACAUGACUGGGCAGAUGCCUGGCAGUAACAUGCAGGAUAUGUAUCCACGUGGACUACCUUCAGGAAUGGGUAUGGGCUCAAGACCCCAAUAUCCCUACAACCCUGGCUUUGAGAGGAGGCCAGACCAUGUCAUGGGUGCAGAGAGUGGAAUUGUGCCCCCUGGAAAUCAAAACAACUUGGUGCCUUCCAACAGUGAUCCCAGCAUGUACUCAGGCAGUAGAUACCCCUCCCAUCAAAGACAUGGACAUGACGGUUAUGGGCAGCAGUACCCACACAACAUGGCGUACGGGAUGUAUCCCCAGCAGCAGGGUUACAAGCGGCCUGGUGAAGGGAUGUAUGGACCUCCAUCUAAGCGGCAUGAGAGCGAAGCCUACGGAAUGCAAUACGGUGGCCAGCAGCCUGACAUGUAUGGCCAGUAUGGCUACCCAGAUCGCAGGCCCAUGCAAGGCCCAUUCUCUUACCCAUAUGGACGUGAUCGCAUGCAGGCUGGCGGGCAAGGUUUUCCCCAGCACAGCAUGAUGAGUGGUGGACCACCCCCAGGCUCCAAUUCCAGCGGUGGACCCCAGGGGAACAUGUGGCACACCAGGCCCGACAUGAACUACCCUUACCCCGGCCGGCAAGGCCACGGGCCACCCUACCGCUCCAUGUCCGGUGCAGAUGAUCCAGAUGCCAGGAUCAACCAGGACAGUCAGUGGCCUGUUCAGCGCCAAUCCCCAUACCCACAACACUCUUCCUCCUCUUCCAGUUCGAUGGGCCCCAUGAUUAGCCGGCAACCGUCAUCUUCCUACCAAUCUCCUCCAACUAUGCCAAACCACAUAUCCAGAGUCCCAAGCCCUGCACCAUUUCCUCGGCCUGUGGGUGGUUCUAUGUCACCCAAUAAGACUCAUAUGAUGACCUCUAUGAAGCAGAUGCAGAAGCCCGGUGGCCCGGGCUCGAUGCCAAGCUCUCAGGGUGGUGGCCUUCCUGGACAUGGCUUCCCAGCAAUCCACCGGGAGGUCAGUUUUCCGAUGGACUCAGUGGAGGCUACGCAGCCCCAGAUUAAACCCCGUCGAAGGUUAACAUCCAAAGACAUUGGCACACCGGAGGCUUGGCGUGUGAUGAUGUCUUUGAAAUCCGGUUUGCUCGCAGAGAGCACAUGGGCCCUAGAUACUAUAAACAUCUUGUUGUAUGAUGAUAGCACAGUGUCUUCCUUUACCUUAUCCCAGUUGCCCGGUUUCUUGGAGCUCAUCGUUGAGUAUUUCAGAAGAUGUUUAAUAGAGAUCUUUGGGAUCCUGCAGGAGUAUGAAGUUGGCACAGAGGGUCAGAAAACUCUUCUUGGUCCCUGUUCAGAUCCCACAGAGAAAGAUCAACCUUCCAGGCAAGACCUAAAAAGCCAAUCUGAAGAGGUGGACAAGCGAUUGGACGUUAACUUGGAGAAACCUCAGUCCAGCAGUUCAGCAACAGCAGACACCGUGGAGAAGACACAGGGAUCCACGGAGGUAAAAGAUUACCCAUGUUCUCCAUUGGAGCCUAGACCUAAGCAAGCCAGUAAAUUUGACAAGUUGCCCAUUAAGGUUGAGGAGAGGGAGGCCGUGGCCGAUCUAGUGGAGGAUAGGUCCGAGAUGCUAGGCCUGGUUGGGGAGUUCACCAGCGGCCUGCUGCACUGGAAGGCUGGCGGAGGGGACUCCACCACUCACAUCCAGACGUACUUUGAGAGAUGUGAAGAGAAGGAAGAAAGCAAGCCUUUGGAGAAUCAGCAAAAUGUGGAGGAGCAUGCAAAAGACACAUCUGAAGAGAAGCCCACCGGGGAAGAGGAGUUGAAAAGAGAUGUUCCAGGACCCUCAGAGGAAAUUGUCACCGCCACUGUUGAUGACCUGUUAAGUUCUCGGCCCGGGUCUUUAGCAGAAGGUGAAACUCAGAUGUUCCCCUUCCGCACUAGAGAGAAGCUGAGCAGCAUCACUUUGCUCGAGGAUGAGCCCCGGUGCUGGGACGAAGCACCUCUUUCGGUAGCAGAAGGCUGGCAGGAUGAAUUGGCAAGGCGCUGCAUUUGCGUGUCCAAUAUCAUUCGCGGACUUUCCUUCGUCCCUGGUAAUGACAGCGACAUAGCUCGGCACCCAGGUUUGGUGCUUGUUCUUGGCAAGCUUGUGCUUUUGCACCAUGAGCAUCCCAUGAGAAAAAGGAUGCCGCCUACGUACCAGCGCGAGGAAGAGAGAGGUCUGGCUUGCAGCAAGGAUGAAUGGUGGUGGGACUGUCUCGGUGCCUUACGUGAGAACACCUUGGUCACGCUAGCCAACAUUUCAGGACAGCUUGACUUGUCCAUUUAUCCAGAAAGUAUCUGCCUUCCUAUCCUGGACGGACUGCUCCACUGGCUGGUGUGCCCUUCUGCGGAGGCCCAGGACCCCUUCUGCACGGCCAACGGCUUCUCCUCGCUCACGCCACAGAGACUGGUCCUGGAGUGUCUGUGCAAGCUAAGCAUCCAAGACUCUAACGUAGACCUUCUGCUGGCCACACCCCCUUUUAGCAGACAGGAGCGCAUCUUCGCCUCAUUGGUGCGCCACGUGGGUGAACGUAAGAGUCAGGUUUGCCGUGAGAUGGCCGUGGCGGUUCUCUCCAACCUUGCACAGGGCGACCCUGCGGCUGCCCGAGCCAUCACCCUUCAGAAAGGCAGUGUGGGAGCUUUGAUAAGCUUCCUGGAGGACAGCGUUGCCACGGCACAGUAUCAACAAAGCCCUCACAGUCUCUUGCACAUGGGACACUCCACCCACUCUGAGCCACCCAGCAUCAACAUGAUGUGCCGGGCUGCCAAAGCCCUGCUAGCCAUGGCCCAGGUGGAGGAAAACAGGCCCGAGUUUGUACUCUACGAGAGCAGGCUGCUCGAUAUCUCUCUGUCCUCUGUGCUGAACUCUGGCGUGGCGGCCAUCUUGUGUGAGGUACUGUUCAAGCUCGGCCGCUCGUGACACGCACAAAGGAGCAGGAGCCUGUAGAGCCAUCACGGAACCAGCCGGUAGAGCUGAGCCACAGAAAUCACACAGAACUUUCGGUGUUAUAUUUUUAUUUAAGGAGAACACAAACAAAAAUGUUUUUACAUACAAAUAAAUAUAUAGAGAAUAUAUAUAGCUCCUCUGCCCCAUUUCCCAGUUUUCAUUUUGGAUUUUUAAAUGAUUUUAAUACAAAUAUUUAAUACUUAGUCUUUUCGUCUUUUUCUAUUCUUUCGUUUUUUUUUAAGAUUUUGUUUCAUCCAUGUAUUUGAUUUUGUUCGUUUAACCAAAGUCGGCAUCUGAUACCAUUAGUUUUAAGAGUAUUUCGAUCUCAGAAUGUUUGUUUUGACGCAGUGUGUUUUUGAUUUUGUUUUCUUGUGGGACUUUGUUCGGGGAAUGCAGGUUUAUUUAAAUUGUGAGACGUUGUAGAUAUUGCAAUGUGUUGCGAUAAAAGAAAAAACACAAAAAAACACUGAUUUAAAGACGUACAUGUAUACAGCUCUGAUAAAAGCAUUGUGCAAUAGUUUUUAGCUGGCUCAGAGAGGACGUGAUGAAAUGUGAAUCGCCACAGGCCGUGUUCAGAAAGGACUAUCAGUGUUGCACUGUUUCACCACACCAGUAUCUGAGGGUCAAGUGAGUGUUGGUUGUGAACUGACUUGCUUACAUAUUAGUGCAGCCGCAGAGGGUUGUAUCUCUGACGGUGAACUCAGUGCUUCGGUUACCCCUCCUCUCUGUUCUAUACAUGUGGGUCGAUUUGUAUAUAGGAACUGUACAUUAAAUGGCCCCUUUUCAUGUAUUUUUUUCUCCAAGAGAUGUAGUAUUAUACAAAGUGAGUAGUAAAUGCUACAUGCUAUUGACAUUUUGCCAAAUAAUAUAAAAUCGUAAUUUUCAGGUGAGGGUGGUCAUGUGACAUGUAAGAGGCUGUUCACAUGGGAUACGUUCUCAUGUGGAAUUUUCUAACAUUUUUGGUCUGUGUACACUUGCCAGAUAGACGGAACAGCAAUUUUUAGGUUGUAGAAUAGUUCAAAAGUCCAAUGUCAGAUUUAAAGUAAAGGACCAAUCAGAUCAAUCUUGGGAAUGGAUUUUAACGUUUAAGUUAUUGUGUAUGUGAGAAAAUAUUGUAUGGGAAGGUGUGCAUCAAUAAAUGCUCCUGUUUUAUACUGUAAGAACGCAUUCCAUGUGGACGCCUCCUAGGACUUUCCUGUGUGUCCCGUAAUGGACGUCUGUGUGACAGAAAUAGCAAUGGCUCCCUCUAAUGGCCUUAGAUUUUGUAAAUGACAGGCUAACUGAACGUCUGCUGGCGUAAAUGUACUUCAAUGUGAAAAUGAAAGUUACCCCAAUAUGACUUCUAUGAUUUUAACAAAAAAGUAUGUACAACUCUUUAUGUAAGCUCUUUUUGCUCUUAUGAUUUGAUGACCAUUGUUUAUUCAGUAUAAAGUCUUUAUACAUGUUCCACAUGUUAAAAGUAAAUGUACAUGAAAUUUG